AUGCGAGAUUGCAAAAGAGCAAAACGAUGCGGAGUUAAUGGAUGUAACUAUAAACAUCAUCCAUUAAUUCAUAAAACUCAAGAGAGAAGAUCAAGUGAUCCAAAUCAGUCGGAAGGACAGCAUAGUCCAGAUACACAAGCAGAUGGUGAAAUACACAAUAACCAACAAAUAACAAAACCCAACGUAUUCUACCAAAUAGUUCCUGUGAUGCUGAAAAAUAAUGGCAAAAUCAUCAACACGUUCGCUUUCUUGGAUGCGGGGUCAUCACUCUCUCUUAUAGACGAGGAGAUUGCGAACAAGUUAGGGCUCAACGGAAGAAUUGAUCCUUUGAUGCUAAAAUGGACGCAGAACGUCCCUAGAAACGAACAGAACAGCCGUAGAGUUCAUGUACGAAUCAACGGCAACAAUGAAAAAGAAUACGUCAUGAAAGGAGUGAGAACGAUAAAGAAUCUCCAACUCCCAGAGCAAAGCUUCAACAAGGAGGUGUUGGAGAAAAGGUAUCCAUACCUAAAGAAUCUGCCGUUGAGCAGUUACAGCAGUAUACGCCCAACGAUAUUGAUUGGACUGAGUCACAGUCAUUUGUUGAUUCCAUUCGAAAAGCGAAUGAGAAAACCGAACGAGCCCACAACGCUACGAACCAAACUUGGAUGGUUCAUGUUCGGCAACAUAUCGUCCUACGUGCAAGGCGGACACAUCAUGGUCAUUCAGCAAGAAGAUGAAAUGAACAAGGCUUUGCAGAAAUAUUUCUCCACCGAAGACUUCGGUGUGAAAUUAGUCAAGAAUCUACCAAAAUCAGCUGAAGAAGAUAAGGCUGAACAAAUUCUAAGAAGUACUAUGAAAUACAAGGAUGGUAGAUGCGAAGUUGGACUUCUAUGGAAAGAUGAGGAAACGAAAUUUCCAAAUAGCUACAACAAUGCAGCAAAAAGGCUAACAACAAGUGAGAGAAUGUUAAAGAAAGACCCAGAGUUGAAAAAAUGGGCAAUAGAAACAUUUGCGGAUUACAAGAAGAAAGGCUACAUCCGCAAACUGUCAGAGGAAGAAAUUAUGAAGCCGGUACAUAGAGUGUAUUAUCUUCCACACUUUAUUGUGCACAACAAAAAUAAGUUGCCACCUAAGCCAAGGUUGGUUUUUGAUGCGGCGGCAAAGAUACAAGGUGUAUCAUUCAACACGGAACUGUUAUCAGGGCCGGAUGCUACUACGUCAUUGUUCGGCGUUUUAGUAAGAUUCCGAGAAGGAGCAAUUGCUGUAUGUGGAGACAUCAAAGAGAUGUUCCACCAAGUACGAAUCCGAGCUGAAGAUCAACACGCUCAGAGAUUCUUGUGGAGAGAUUGUGAUAGCAGCAAGAAACCUGAUAUAUACGUUAUGCAGGUGAUGACAUUCGGAUCAACCUGUUCACCGUCAUGUGCACAAGCGGUUAAAAACCACAACGCAGAAAAAUUCAGGACGAAUUAUCCAGUGGCAGCUGAAGCAAUAGUAAAGCAACAUUACGUCGACGAUUAUUUGGAUAGUUUUGAUGAGCUCGAUAAAGCAACAAAAAUAGUGCAACAAGUUAUGAAGAUUCACGAUCAUGCAGGCUUCCACAUCAGGAAUUUCACAUCGAAUAGUAGAGAACUUCUUCAAAGUCUACCCUCGGAACGUGUACAAGCAUUGACUGUCAAAAUGUUCGAAGAAAAGGAUUCAAUGACCGAAAAGGUACUUGGUGUAUAUAGGAACACCACGUCUGACACACUCGGCUAUCAAAUCAAAUUAGACAAGCUAGGAAGUGAUGUCACACAAAUGCUACAUUUACCAACAAAGAGAGAGGUACUAGCUUUCGUGAUGAGUGUCUACGAUCCACUGGGACUCAUCUCGAACAUAACGGUGCAUGGAAGAAUUCUCAUGCAAAAACUGCACAUAGAAAAUAUAGAUUGGGAUGAUGAAAUUCCCGAGAAGUUGCAGUCAGAUUGGCAACACUGGUUAGAGGUGAUUGAAUCUGCCGAGAGCGUAACGAUACCGAGAUACAUUCUCGAAGAAAGAACUGGUGAAGUGGAACUACACACCUUUGUAGAUGCUUCAGAGCAAACAUUUUGUGCAUGUGUGUACAUAAGAAAUGUAUCUGGAAACACACAACAUGUAAGACUUCUAUCAGCAAAGUCGAGAGUAGCACCAGUAAAACCAUUGAGUAUACCACGCCUAGAGCUACAAGCAGCCGUGUUAGGAAGCCGAUUGACAAAGUCGAUAAUAGAUGAAACGAGGUUGAAAAUCGUCAGCAAAACGUUUUGGAGUGAUUCACAGACCGUAUUGUCAUGGAUCAAGAGUCCAAAACGAAGAAGCGUAUUUGUGAUGCAUCGAGUAGGUGAGAUUCUGGAAGACAACAGGAAAAAUGAAUGGCGAUGGGUGCCAACAGAUGAAAAUCCAGCCGAUGAAGGCACAAAGGAAAAGCUAGGAAAAUCACAAUGGUUUGAGGGACCUGAUUUCCUAAAGCUCUCAGAGUCGUCAUGGCCUUCCACUGAAGAGAAGGAAACAGACGAAGAGUUCAGAGAAACAGUGUUAGUUCACAAAGAACUAUGCAAACUUAGUUUCAUCGAUAAGUACAAGGAGUACUCAGAUUGGUGGAAGUUGGUGAAGAACCUAUGUGUAUUGAACAGGACAAAGGAAAGAUUACGUCGUGGAUAUAUUCCAGACAUUGAGUAUAAAGACUACCAAAGAGCUGAGAACGUGCUCUAUAAAAAAAAAUGCAAUGGGAAGCGUUUCCAACAGAGAUGGAAACUUUAUUCAAUGGCGGAACCAUAG